UGGCGCACGUCACGCAUCGGUCUAUCAUACUGUAACCUUCGUCCUCUCCUUUCCUUGCGGUGCAAGAAAACCCUGAUCGCUUGCUGUCGCCGAUAAGUAUCUCGACGCCCACCUUUCCUCUUUCUCUCGUGUAGCGCUGUUGAUUACCCUCGCUCUGGUCGCGACAUCCCACCGUGGGGAAUCGCCCCCUUCGAGCUCUUAGGUGAGCGAUCGGAUGCCUCUUCACUCUCUGAUUGCCCCUCACUGACAAGAAAUUUCUUCUCCGAUCGCCUGCGGAAUCCGUGGGCAAGGUUGAAGCUUCAGGGCUUGAUCUGGCGGAGGUCGAAAUCUCUUCUUCUUCUUUCAGAUGUGACCCAGUCGUCGAUUAGGCAGGCAAAUCCGACCAGCUUCCAUGAUGUUUCUUCUUCUUCCUCGGUGCUGCUUCCCUCGUUGUUAACGAAGCGAAGCUUCAAGCGAUCGGGUGAUAGUCACGGUGGUCGAUCCUACAAUCGCGAGUUCUGAAGCAAGUAGUGCACCAUGGAUGAUGAAAAAUGCAUGGCGCAGGGUAGUCCUGAUGCGGACUGGUCGGGGCCUGAAACUGGUUCGCAACAAGGUUUAUUGCCCUCUCCCUCUCCCUCUCCCCAAACACCUUGGCAGGUCAUGCACAAAGCCGAGAACAAGUAUGAAGUCGGCAAAAUUGCUGAUAAGGAAGAGGCGAAACAAAGGCGAGUGAGAGCCAUCCUUAACAAAUUGACACCUCGAAAUUUUAGAAGACUCUUUGCCCAGAUCAGAGGUGUUAACAUCGACAACGCACUCACUCUUGCCGGUGCCGUCUCACAGAUCUUUAACAAAGCUCUGAUGGAACCAACCUUUUGUGAAGUGUAUGCCACCUUCUGCCUUCAUCUUGCUGAUGUACUACCUAGGUUUAGCGAAGGGAUUACGUUUAAGAGACUGCUCGUGAACAAAUGCCAAGAGGAAUUCGAAAGAAGGGAGCGGGAAGAAGCCGAAGGUCACAAAGUUGAGAUGCAGCAGUCUGAGGCGGAAAAGGAAGAGUGGAGGCUUCUUGCUCGCAUGCGUAGACUUGGUAAUGUUCGGUUGAUCGGGGAAUUGUACAAACAGAGGAUGCUGACCGAGAGAAUCAUGCAUGAGUGCAUCAAGAAGCUGUUGGGGCAGCAUCGUGAUCCCGACGAGGAAGAUGCUGAAGCAUUGUGUGAGUUGAUGAGUACCAUAGGUGAGACGAUCGACCACCCGAAAGCAAAGGAGCAUAUGGAUGCAUAUUUUGAUACGAUGACAGCCUUAUCAACAAAUCGGAAGUUGUCGUCGCGAGUUCGAUUCAAGCUGAGAGAUGCAAUUGAUCUUAGAAAGAACAAAUGGCAGCAUACGAGGAUCAAGGAGCCAUCAGGUGUUCCUUGGGCGCGCCGUCGCAUGGUUGGCACUAUGCAUGGUGGAAAAUGCACGGCGUGGCGGCGACAUGCGCCUGGCGUCCCUCGAACGCGUUGGCAGGUCAAGCACAAAGCUGAGACGAAGUAUGAAGUAGGCGGAAUGACCGAUGACGAAGAGGCGAAGCAAAGACGACUAAGAGCCAUCCUCGAGAAACUGACACCUCAAAAUUUUGAAGAACUCUUUGUGCAGGUUGAGGAGAUCAACAUCGACAAUGCGGUCACUCUUACUGGUGUCGUCUCGCAGAUCUUUGACAGAGCCUCGAUGGAACCAGCCUUGUGUGAAAUGUAUGCUGGUCUCUGUUCUCGUCUCGCCGGCGUGCUGCCUGAUUUCAACGAAAUGGAUGAACGUAUUACCUUCAAAAGACUUCUUCUGAACAAAUGUCAAGAGGACUUUGAAAGAGGGGAGAGAGAACAGCAUGAAACAAACAAAGCUGAAGGUAAUGUUCGGUUGCUCGGGGAAUUGUACAAAAAGAAGAUGUUGACGGAGAGAAUCAUGCAUGAGUGCAUCAAGAAGUUGCUGGGGCAGCAUCAGAAUCCUGCGGAGGAAGAUGUCGAAGCAUUGUGCGGAUUGCUGGGUGUGAUUGGGAAGACGAUAGACCACCCGAAGGUCAAGGAGCAUAUGGAUGCAUAUUUCGACAUGAUGGCAAAGCUAUCGACCGAUCAGAAGCUGUCUUCACGGACUAGAUUUAUGCUGAGAGAUGUAAUUGAUCUUAGAAAGAACAAAUGGGAAGCAAGAAAGAAAGAGGAGGAGGAGCCAAAGAAGAUGGAUGUUGGUUCGACUGAUUCUGGUAUGCCAACCAUGGAGAGCGACGCUGUCCCUAAUUCGGCUCUUCCCGACAUGGCACAGCAGGAAUCCAAAGCUCAGGAUAUUUGAAUCUAAAUAUAUCCUUCGUAUUUUGGUAGUCUGAAUCCUGUAAUGCAUAGGAUUACUAUCAGAAGAAUUAUAGAUAAUAUUUUGGUGUA